AUGGAGAGAUUAAGCAUUGACUUUAAGGAACCAGUUCCAAUGGCCUCAUACAACCCUUAUCUACUUAUUGUGUUUGAUGAAUAUUCUCUUUUUCCUUUCACUUUUCCGUGUCCCAACAUGAACACAACUACAGUGAUUAAGUGCUUAGAACAAAUAUUCAGCCUGUGCGGGAUGCCUCAGUAUAUACAUUCGUAUCAAGGAACCUCAUUCAUGUCCAGGGAGCUCACAACCUAUCUCUCACAGAAGGGAGUUGCAACAAAUCGAACUACCCCUUUUCACCCAAUUGGUAAUGGACAAAUGGAGAGGCUCAACGGUACUGUAUGGAAGUCAAUCCAGCUGGCACUCAGGUCCCAAAAUCUUCCUGAUCAGCACUGGGAAUUAGUACUCACUGAUGUGAUACAUUCACUUAGAUCACUUCUAUCAACAGCAACUAAUGUCACACCCCAUGAACGGUUUUUUGAAUUUCCGCGCUGCUCAUCCUCUGGAAACUCUCUGCCUUCAUGGCUUAUGUUGUCAGGACUGGUAUUACUGAGGAGGUUUGUCAGAACAAGCAAAAAUGAACCCCUGGUGGAUGAAGUUGAACUCUUAGAUGCUAACCCAACAUAUGCUAAUGUAAGGACAACUCUUUUCCCUAUUUUUUAUUGUAUCCACUCAUCAAGCCGCGUUGUUCUUACUUCCAUCUGA